AUGCAAACUCGACGUGCAGGCUCACAGAAUUUGAUUCCUAUUGAUCUUGAAAUCGAGGCCACUGCACGCAAGCAAGGGGGUAGAAGGAGACAGAACAAGAACAAGAAGAAGGAUACAAUGGGUGACGAAGUACCAGCCAAAUCUCUCUGGGAAUAUGGUAUACCAGAUACAACUACUGGUGUACUCUCUAGUAUUGUCAGACCAGCAGUCACUGCUGCACACUUUGAACUGAAGCCUCAAUUUAUUCAGUUCAUCUCCAAUGAUUCAUUCUCAGGCUCGCCUAAUGACUGUCCUGUAAGUCAUAUUGAUAACUUUCUGGAGAAGUGUGAUACUAUGAAGAUCAACAAUGUCACUGAUGAGGCCAUUAGGCUACGACUUUUCCCUUUUUCUCUACGGGAUAGAGCCAAGGAGUGGUUGAAAGAUGAAGGUACAGGCUCGUUUGAUACAUGGGAUAAAUUGGUCAAGGCAUUCUUGGUGAAAUUUCUGGAUCAAGAGAAGACUUCUAGAAUGAGAAAUGAGUUAACCACCUUUCGUCAAGCUGAAGAUGAGUCAUUGUAUGAAUCUUGGAGAAGAUUUAAACGUCUGCAAAGGCAAUGUCCUCAUCACGGGAUUCCAGAGUGGCUCUUGAUCCAAGCUUUCUAUAAUGGGUUGACGCAUGAGUAUCGGAUCUACAUUGAUGCUGCAUCAGGUGGCUCUAUCACUGCCAAGGUUCCAUCUGAAGCUAAGGCAUUAAUUGAGAAAAUGGCAGCUAAUGACAACUAUCACCCAGGUGGUCGGAACAGUGCAAAAAAGGGAGGUAAAUAUAAUGUUGAUGCUUUAACCAUGUUGACCAGUACUGUGCAGGCACUAUCUCAAAAGUUUGAUCAAUUUCAAACUGGUUCAUCUACGGUAGCUUCAUGUGAAGUAUGCGGAAUACAAGGACAUAUUGCUAAUGAUUGUCAAAUCAAUAAUGCUGGGUUGACAAUUGAACAAGCCAAUGCUCUUUACAACAACAAUAAUCAGAGACGACCAUUUGAUCCUUAUUCCAAUACAUACAACGAGGGGUGGAAGCAAAAUCCAGCAUUCUCAUACAAGAACACUCAAAAUCAGCUUAAUCCACCACCACCGCGCAACAACUUCAAUCAACCUCCAGGUUUUCAAACUAGACCGCCUUUCAACCAGCAAUCUUUCACUCAACAAGCCCCUCCACAACCAAAGUCCAAUUUGGAAGCUAUGGUUGAGUCUCUUGCUGCCUCACAACUUAAGCAAGACAAGUAUUGGGAAGGGCAGAUGAAGCAAAAUGAGUUCCUCGCUACCUCAAUUCAACAAAUUCAAGCUCAGAACAAGCUUAUGGAGAGUCAGAUAAGUCAACUUGCUCACCAAGUGGGUCAAUUCUCAAAGACUCCAGGCCAAUUCCCUGGAAAUACUGAGCAACCACCUAAGGGUGAGAUGAAUGCUGUGACUUUGAGGAAUGGUAGAGUGUUAGAAGACCUAAGCUAG